GGCAAGAACAUGCGGAGAGCCAAUCUCGGAUCUUGUUUCCUUCAGGCAAUGGCUUACUUCAUUUCAUUAGUUGCUGUUCUGGUCAGCUUAAUUGCCUUUUCUGUAACAAGGCAUCAUGUAUAUCUAUAUGUGGGACUUGGUUCUGUUCUCUUGAUAGCAAUCUACACCGGUUACUUCCGAAGAAGAAUCAGGAAACUGUUCAAUAUCCGGGGGACUGAUGGCAGUCUAGAUGACUGUGUUCUCCAUCUGAUAUGUCCUUGUUGUACCCUGUGCCAGGAGGCAAGAACUUUAGAGAUGAAUAAUGUCCAGUGUGGUGUCUGGCACGGGCGGGGUGAUACCAUUUGUUUAGGAAGCAAUGGUGAAGGAAACAAGGCCUUCGCUGCUCUACACAAAUCACCAUUUGUGCUUAUAAAAUCCCCUGAGUUGUGUGGCAUGGACAGAAUAUCAGUUGGGCCUGAUGAACAUCAGCCGCUCGUCCCAUCAGUGCAACCAGAGCAGGAGUAAGGAAUUAUUCUGUACCAUGGCACAAUUCGAAAAGAACAGGUGGAUCUCUCGUGCGUGUUAUCGAAAGGGGAAAAAAAGGGAAGAAUCAGUGGAUCCCUCUGCGAUGAAAUCAUCAGCCCUGUGAUUCUCUGCCUGUUUGUUGUAUCAAGUCUGAAGAACUGGUUUGGCAGCAACCCAUGUAUGUUGAUGGUGGGCGUAAUUGGCCUGUUGUUGUAAACACCACAGCAAUAAUGUUCAUCAUGCACCGGAUGUGCAUAUGUGUCAUGAUGCUCAGGGCUUAUGUCUGAAUCCAAGUGUAAAAUUCUGUUGAUGCAACGAUAGUUGGCGAGAUUGGGCAUGAAUGGAAUCAAAUGUUCUGCUUCUUUGA